CACCACGACGCGUUCUGCUCGAUCCGGUCCACACACUCCACCCAGGGUAGGUAGGUUUAAUAGCUACCUAGACAACCAGCACUAGCAGGAACGCCCUGUACUGGCAGCGGAUCUUACGGAUUUGGUGGUCUUGGUAUUCAACGUUUUUUUUCCUUUCCUUUCCACUCUCCUUUCAUCAUAUCUAUUCCGAGUACUUCGGGACUCUUGCUUAUCGGCGUUGCUUCCACUGGAGAUAUCGCCAGCAAUGGUGGACUCGGACCCCGUACCUUCAUCAUCGCCCGGGUUUGGAACUUCCGUCUUUCCCUUUCGAAAGAGCAGGCCCAAUGCGCUUCCUACAAGGACAUCGAUCCUCCCCAUACUGCUUCCUCCCUCGACUCUCCGGCCCGUGGCCUUCCGUACCUUCACCCGCAAGCACAACCUGACGAUUUCUUCCUCCGCGCUUCAAACCUUAGCAACCUUCGUGGGAAAGCAUUGUGGCUCGGGAUGGCGCGAAGAAGGUCUCGCAGAAAGGGUACUCGAUGAAGUGGCAAAGGGCUGGAAGAAAGCUGGUGGCGGCGUCAUUGUCGAUGAAGGCAAAGGGGCCUCAUUGAGAGCUAUCCUACAGACCUUGGAGGGCAAUAUGAGUGGGGGAAGGGUUGUUUCCGGAAAGCAGACUUCGGCAGAUGAGGCUCUUGCGAGAACGACAAGCCCGGGUCAGGGUUGCAGACGCUCGAAGGCAGAGACACCAUUGUCUGCGGUGAUGGCGCCGGAAGGUGAAAAAUCGAUAGAGAGUCCCGACUCGGCUUCACAUCCGAGACAUUGGAUCAGGGUCAUCGAGGCAUUUGAUAUACCCCGGUUGACGUAUAAUGUGGACAAGAAAUACUUUGAAGUCGCGAGAUCGAAACCCACCCUAUUCCCCCCAUCCUCUCACAGGACCAACCUGUUCAGAGACCGUUACAAUGUUGUUCAUCAACGUUUGCUUCGGCACGAGUCAUUCCAGUCACCAUCCGGACUUCCCAGCAUGCUGCGACAAUCUCCAUCUUCCUUAGCGUUCAGUCAAGGCUACAAGCUUACACCAAUCGCAAAUCUACUGGGGAGGAAUGGUACAUCACACUUGAUUCUUGGCUUACUUUCUGUGUCGCCCACGGGAGAUCUUACGGUGAGUGACUUGACUGGGAACAUUGCUCUGGAUCUUAAACACGCGCGAAUAGUGCCUGGAGAUGGUGCCUGGCUUGCUCCGGGCAUGUUCGUACUCGUCGAUGGAAUUUAUGAAGAAGAGGAAAAUAUUAGGGGGUCUACUCUGGGCGGUAAUUCCGGGGUGGGGGGAGCCAUAGGGGGAGUUUUCGUGGGCGUUUCCAUAUGUGGCCCUCCCUGUGAGCGACGGGAGACAUCGCUGGGGAUGAAUAAUCAACAAAGUGGCAGGGAGGUCAGCUCUAGUGGAGGCCUUGGGUGGAUUGACUUUCUGGGCGUCGGAAGUGAGCGCGCACGUGGUCCAAAAAUGAGACAGAUCGAGGCCAAUUAUCUGCAAGACGUACAUGGGAGUGCAAAGGGUGGUCGCCGGUUAAGAGUGGCCGUUCUGGGUGAAGUGAACCUUGAUAACAUGCGGACUUUCGAUGCAUUGAGGAGGGUUUUCAGCGUCUACAAUGAUUUGCGCCUGGACGACCGGCCAAAUAUAUUUAUCCUGACCGGAAACUUCGUACAGAAGGCCAUCAUAAACAGCAGUGGCCAGGCAGGCAGCAUCGAGUACAAGGAAUAUUUUGAUGCGCUUUCAGUGACACUCUCUGACUUCCCUACAUUGUUGCAGCACUCAACAUUCAUCUUCGUUCCAGGUGAUAAUGACCCAUGGUCAGCGGCUUUUUCAGCCGGUGCUGCUUCCCCAAUACCACGCCAUGCGAUCCCUGAGUUGUUCACUACCAGGGUGAAACGUGCAUUCGCCGCUGCCAACUCACAGAUGGACCCAACCCAGUCAUCUGAGCCACCUGGCGAAGCAAUCUGGACAUCAAACCCUUCCCGCCUUACCCUGUUCGGGCCCGUCCAUGAUAUUGCGAUAUUCCGGGACGACAUAUCAAAUCGACUCAGACGCAGUGCCGUGAAUCUUUCGUAUGACCAAGACAGCGCUAUGGCUGAAGAUGUGAACACUGGCCCUAGAGAAACCAACACUCCCAAAUACAGCGAUCAGACUAGCGAUCAGACUAGCGACCAAAGCCUACAGGUAGACACAAACUCCAAUAUAGCCUCAUCUGCUAUACUCUCUGCUCGAAAGCUUGUGAAAUCAGUCCUGGACCAAGGAAAUUUGUCCCCCUUUCCGCUUUCUCUACGGCCUGUUCUGUGGGACUAUGGUUCCUCAUUGCAACUAUAUCCGCUACCCACUGCCCUAAUAUUGGCGGAUCCAGAGGCGGCACCAUUCUGUAUAACGUAUGAAGGCUGUCAUGUGAUGAAUCCCGGGAGGCUUGUUCCGGAUGGAGAGCUACCCACUGUUCGUUGGGUGGAAUAUGAUGUCCUCAAGAAUCGGGGCAAGGUGAAGCAAGAACGCUUCUAGCCCGCACACAACAUGGAAGCUGGGGAGUUAUGGAGCUGUUGGAUGUUUAAGGAGGGACUAAGGCACUGAGUAUUAGACAUAUUUUAUGUUCUGUCCUCACCCCGAGGUAUAGGCAACGAACCUUAUGUACAUAUUCAACUUGACCGAAGUAUGGCUGAACGAUUACAACUACAUGGGAUGAAAGGGUGGUUUUUCAUCGCUCAUAAGAGACAAUGGCAACAUGUUUUUAAUUUC